CGCACAGUCCUUCAGCGGCCACCAGUUGACGUCAAGAUGGUACGUAGUGCGGUCACUUGCAGCUCUCUCUUCCUCGUCGUAGGACUCUUGACAUCCUAUGGCGCCUGCGAAUCCUACGAGAAGUUCUCGCUUCUGAUGCCCCACGUCAGACCCGAAAAGGCAGAGACGUAUUUCUGUACACCAGUGAAAAUCGAUCCCACGCAGGAGUAUUAUGUCACUGCCUUCGAGCCUAAUGCUACCAUGGAAACAGCUCAUCAUAUGCUUCUGUACGGCUGCGAAGAACCAGGAAGCGAUGGAGAUGUGUGGAACUGCGGAGAAAUGGCACUGGCACAACCUGGCAUCUCCUCUGCCCCCGUGUGUCGAACGGGAUCACAGGUGAUCUACGCUUGGGCAAAGGAUGCUCCUAAGCUGGUCUUGCCAGAGGGCGUAGCCUUCAAAGUUGGCGGGAAAAGUUCUAUCAAGUACCUCGUUCUCCAAGUUCAUUAUGCAUCUGUAGAGAAAUUCAAAGAUGGGUCUACUGACGAUUCUGGAGUUUUCCUCUACUAUACUGAAACACCACAACCCAAAGCUGCAGGAGUCCUUCUCCUGGGCACAGGGGGACGAAUCAACCCAAAGAGCGUCGAGUACAUGGAGACUGCCUGCUCUAUCGAAGAAGACAAAGUCAUCCACCCAUUUGCCUUCCGAACACACACCCAUGCCUUGGGGCGCGUUGUCUCGGGUUACAAGGUGACAAAGGACGGCCUUGGCGACAAAUGGGAACUCAUCGGCAAGAAGGAUCCUCAGCUCCCCCAGAUGUUUUACCCAGUGGCAAACGACCUAACUUUGGCGAAAGGCGACACAGUGGCUGCCAGAUGCACGAUGCAGAGUAAUCGGGAUCGCAUUACCAGGGUUGGAUCGUUGAACAACGACGAGAUGUGCAACUUUUAUAUCAUGUACUGGAGCGAGCGGGAGCCCUUGGAGCAGAAGUAUUGCUUCACAGGAGGACCUCCUCUGUACAGCUGGGCCGUCGAUUUCGCCACCGUCCCGCGGGACGCCUCCAAGCUCCGGCCUGAGGACACAGGUCCUCACAUGCAUCAUCACCAUUAAAAGGCGAUCAGUCUUCAGGGAUCGUCGACGUGCGUAUUCCACGUGAAUUCUGGUCUGCAAGUGAAAGAGCUUUCUGUCAUUUUCCACGUGAAUUCUGGUCUGCAAGUGAAGGAGUUUUCUGUCAUUUUUCACGUGAGUUUUGGUCUCCAACUGAAAUUUUUUCCUGUAAUUGUCCACGUGAAUUUUGGUCUUCAAGUGAAGGGUGUUCUGUCAUUUUUCACUUGAAUUUUGGUCUCCAACUGAAAAAGCUUUCUGUAAUUUUUCAUGUGAAUUUUGAUCUCCAACUGAAACUGUUUUCUGUAAUUUUCCACGUGAAUUUUGGCCUCCAAGUGAAAGAGCUUUCUGUAAUUUUUUCACGUGAGUUUUGGUCUCCGACUGAGAGAGUUUCCUGCAAUUUUCCACGUGAAUUUUAGUCACUGUGAAUUUCUAUAAUAUUCCACGUGAAGUAGCAUUACGUGGUUGUUGAAGGGAAACUGAUUUCCCCGGAUAUUCCACGUGAGUUUACUUUCUUAGGCUCCCUACUGAGGAAGAUUUUCUUGGGGUUUAUUUGAAAAGAAAUUUACGUGGACCUAUUAUCCAUCAUUCCGGUGUUACCAAAGACUUGAUUAUACCUCAGUUUAGUUCACUGCUUUAGUUUUUAGGUAAAUUGACAAUUCAGGCCCCCGAUCUGAGCAUGCAUUCUCAUUUAAUGGGGACGAGUUCAAUCCGAGAUUAUACACCAGUCUGUCUGUUAAGACUAUAAACUGACCGAAUAUUGUGUCAGAUUAUCACUGUUGACUUUGAAUCUGUCAUCCAUUUGAGUUUGUCUUUAUUUUAAGCCUGUAAACAUAGCCCCCUAUAACACUAUUCAGUAUUUUGUGCUGAUACUGAGACAGCUCAUAAGAGACUUUUAUAUUACACAAAAAUCCUAUGAUCUGUCGUGAGAAUAUAAUAAAAUUAACAUCUGCUUGGGAAAUGGACAUGAGUCAACAAUGACAAAGCCUUAUCAAGUAUAUCCUCGUGGCUUUAGAUUCAACAGGCCUAGUUCUCAAAUGAGAGGUUGGCAUAACAGGCUUCAAAAUCAAAUGACGACGGAUAUGACUUAUCAUUGUGGGUUAACCCACUGGAAAACAUUAGAGCAUUCAUUCGAUAUAAUGCUAAGAGAAGCGUCACUACUUCUGAUGAUGUUGAGGUUUCACAUUUCAGGAUGCCUAGCCUCAACAAAUCGAGAGGCAACCUAAUUUGAAUGUAUAUGAAAAAACUAGUCUCACGUACUUACUGACCACCGACACAAAGCUCAAAGAACCAAGAAUACUGGAAAUCAGCUUUGUCAAGGUGUUCUGACGGAUUACUCUCAACCUCGCUUCAGUCAUGCAGUAUGGUGAUUGCACUGCAAUAAAUAAGAAAUGUGGCCCACAAAUGGCUUAAUACCCGAGUGAAUUACAGCACAACCACUCACCUGAGUGAAGUUUGCUUCAGAGAAAUAUCAAGAGGUAUUUCAGAUGUUCCAAAAUAAAUUCAAGGCGUUUGAACAUUCAAAAAAAGAACUUAUGACUAGGAGCGAAUUCCACUGUAUUUCAUCUACAAUAUUACACUGCAUAUUUAGUUUCAAAUGAAAGAAAGAUUACGAGUAUGUGUCAAAUACAAUGUAUAUUCCAAGGUGUGAAUAAAUAAAUCCUCUCUGCAUGGAAUUAUCCAAGGCCACUACUUCUGCCAAGCCAUGCAUCAUAUAGUAUAACUGUCCACUGUAGAAUUAUUUAGCUCCCUCUGAAAACAAAUCUCGCAUCUGGGCAUCUGCUCUAUAGCCAAGUUUUCCCAAGAAGAUUGAAAACAACCUAAUACUAUGAAGUGGCGCUUUCAGUACUUGGUAAAUGUUGGAAAACAUGUAUCGAUUCAUUUUCCAUUGUAUAAAAGUUAUUCUAUAAUGUGCAUUCUCAUAAGUUUGUUCAAAGACAAGUAUACAUAUUAUUGUAGUAAUGCACUGUGUAUGAUAGCAUAAAUGUGUCAAUAUGUACUUUUAGUGGAAUGCAUAAUCGUUCACUGUUGGUAGGGAUUUAAGUUACUCCAAACACAGAGUUGAAUACAGUGAGGUAGAAUAUUUAUGAGCAUAGCCUUGACAGACACUAGGGUAGUACGGUUUCAUACAAAUUCAGAUAUAGGGCAUAAAUUCAAAUGAUUCUAACGUACCUUAAAUAGGUCACUGAGUCAUUACCAAUAAUCAGAUGGUUAGGCCUAAGGAUUUGUUCUUUAAGGAGGCAAGGAAAUUGAAAUAACAACAAAAAAUAGAAAUGUAAUACAAGGUAAAUAACCAAAGUAGUCUUAGGAAGCAUGGAGCAAUACAGCUGUUUCUGAAGCCCUGUCUGAAAAGACAGUGUACCCUAUUGUAUCAACAGCAUGUCUAUGUAGACAACUGGAGACUGUACCGCCAGAGCGGUGUGAAAUUAAAUAAUAUACCAGAAACUGGCCCAUUGUACAGGGUGUCCAUAAAGUCCAAGUACCAUUACAAGUAUUUAUUGCUCAGAAUGGUACUGGGACUUUAUGGACACCCUUUAUAUCCAAUAGAUUAGUCGUAAAGAAAAUACAGGGUAAUAUAGAUUUAAAGCAGACUGAAGCAUCUAACUCUUCUGAGGGAAAACUAGAUGAUUUAAGAGAGAGUAAUAGCAUACAAAUAGAGAAAACAUUGAGAAGGUGAAUUUGAAAUCCUGGGGAUGUAUUGACAUUUGGAAACCGGAUAUAAAAUAUAUAUUUUUGUCUUUACUUUCAUUGAUGAGUAGCUAAUUGAGAUAUGUUUUCCUAGCUAUGAGGGCUGGCUUUUCUCCCGGUUGGGAAAUAAUUCAACGAUAUUGAUAUGACUUGAACUGUUAAUUUUACAGAAUUUAUUGAAUACAAUGGAAAUACUUUAGCAACGAGAACAUCUAGUCAUCGCUUACCUUAAUUAAGGAAGGUGACCAAUCACCUAUAUUCAAGACGGCCUAGAAAAAAAUACACACACACAUAUAUAGAUCUAUAUAUGUUUGUGUCUAUAUAUACAUUGCAAACUGAGAAACAUUUUGUAAAAUGUAUCAGGCUUUCACAUUUCAGUAAGUUGAACCGUAACACCAGUAAAACACUGUUAUUUUAGAUAUCGAAGACUUAGAUAAGUUUGUAAGUGAAAGCCUUAUUUUAAUAAUACUGAAAGAAAGGAAGAGAUGAAACGCUACAAAUUAAAUAAAUGAAAUGAAAUAAAACAUCUCCGGGAAAAAAGUUUAGCUAGACUAAAGCGCCACCUUUAGAUGUUGUGUCAAAGCACUCCAGGUUCUCCGUACUGAGGAAUGAAAACCAAGCCAGUCUUAAUUAAAAGAAAUCUUUGAAAAAUGUUGCAAAUUAUGAACAAACAAAACAAAUUUCUCAGGAUAUUGGACGGUGAUCUGAUAAUUAUUAUUUAGGGUAUCAAAACUCCGAAAAUGUGCAUAAUGAGUAUUCUGUUCCUGUUGAAGGGAAGACUAAUAUUGGUGAAGGUCUGAGGCAUUUCAACCGAUGUAUGAUUUUGGAGUAUUUUGUAAUGAAAGAACCAUUAUAUAUUUUUCCAUGGAGAGGGCUAAGUUAGAUAUAUAAAGACAAUCUCAUCUGAUCUAUAUUCAUCUUAGUAAGUUACUGACUGAAAAUACUGCAUUUUAAAUGGGUAACCAUAUUCGUGUAAGCCCACCACUAAAGUAUAGUUGGUGGUUUAAUCCAGCAUGUUCCUAAAACUCAAAAAGAAACAUUAAUAUUAAAUUUAUUUGUUUAUUUUCAGCUUCAUAAUUACACUUCUAGAAGUUUUAUCAGCAGAAGCCAAUGCAAGCCAUUUUUCAUGCAGUAUAUUUACAGUAAUACUAUUGAAAAAUAUAUUUAAUUCUUUGAAUUAUUCUUUGGUCAUUGAUAUAGAGAGCAGACACGUUGUAUGUUGUAUGUUAAUAUAUCUAUGAAGUUCAAAUUCGUUAACAUCUGUGUUUGAAAUUCUAUCUUUGAUUUUAUGUAUAUGGUUUUUAAAUUUCCUAUAUAUAUAUACAGUACAUAUAUAUUUGUGUCUAUAUUAAACCAUAAUAUAUUAUAUAUAUAAUGAAAGAGUUGUAAUAAAUCUGAAACAGGA